GGACGUGCCGCCUGCGGCUGGCAGCGCCUGUGCCAUGGGGCUACCUACGCUGGAGUUCAGCGACUCCUACUUGGACAGCCCGGAUUUCAGGGAACGCCUGCAGUGUCAUGAGAUUGAGCUGGAGCGAACCAACAAGUUCAUCAAAGAGCUCAUUAAGGACGGCUCUCUGCUCAUCGGGGCGCUGAGGAAUCUGUCUAUGGCAGUGCAGAAAUUUUCCCAGUCACUGCAAGAUUUCCAAUUUGAAUGUAUUGGUGAUGCUGAAACAGAUGAUGAAAUUAGUAUUGCUCAGUCACUAAAAGAAUUUGCAAGACUACUCAUUGCAGUGGAAGAAGAAAGGAGGAGACUGAUUCAAAACGCUAAUGAUGUAUUAAUUGCGCCACUUGAGAAAUUUCGCAAAGAACAAAUAGGUGCAGCAAAAGAUGGAAAGAAGAAGUUUGACAAGGAAAGUGAAAAAUACUAUUCUAUUCUUGACAAACAUUUAAAUUUGUCUGCAAAAAAAAAGGAGUCUCAUUUGCAAGAGGCAGAUACACAGAUUGACCGAGAACAUCAAAACUUCUAUGAAGCAUCACUAGAAUAUGUCUUUAAAAUUCAAGAGGUUCAAGAGAAAAAGAAGUUUGAAUUUGUUGAACCACUUUUGUCAUUCCUUCAGGGUUUAUUUACUUUUUACCACGAGGGAUAUGAACUCGCCCAGGAAUUUGCACCAUAUAAGCAACAGCUGCAGUUCAACUUGCAGAAUACAAGGAAUAAUUUUGAAAGUACUCGACAAGAGGUGGAGCGGUUGAUGCAAAGGAUGAAAUCUGCCAACGAGGACUACAGACCGCCUAGCCAGUGGACGAUGGAAGGCUAUCUUUAUGUCCAGGAGAAACGACCACUUGGUUUUACAUGGACUAAACAUUAUUGUACUUAUGAUAAGGGAAGUAAAACAUUUACAAUGAGUGUUUCAGAAAUGAAAUCCAGUGGGAAAAUGAAUGGCCUUGUUACUAGCUCACCAGAAAUGUUUAAAUUAAAAUCUUGUAUCCGAAGAAAGACAGAUUCAAUUGACAAACGAUUCUGCUUUGACAUAGAAGUAGUUGAAAGGCAUGGGAUCAUCACGUUACAGGCCUUCUCAGAAGCUAAUCGUAAACUCUGGCUAGAAGCCAUGGAUGGGAAGGAACCAAUUUACACCCUGCCUGCCAUUAUUAGCAAGAAAGAAGAAAUGUACUUAAAUGAAGCAGGAUUCAAUUUUGUGAGAAAAUGCAUUCAAGCUGUGGAAACAAGAGGUAUCACCAUUUUAGGCCUCUACCGAAUAGGAGGAGUGAACUCCAAAGUUCAGAAACUCAUGAACACCACAUUUUCUCCAAAAUCCCCUCCUGAUAUUGACAUUGACAUUGAACUGUGGGAUAAUAAGACAAUAACAAGUGGGCUGAAAAACUACCUCAGGUGCCUGACAGAGCCACUGAUGACUUACAAGUUACACAAAGAUUUUAUUGUUGCUGUUAAAUCUGAUGACCAAAACUACCGGGUGGAGGCUGUGCAUGCAUUGGUGCACAAGUUGCCAGAGAAGAACAGGGAGAUGCUGGACAUCUUAAUAAAGCACCUGGUCAAAGUAUCACUACAUAGCCAACAAAAUUUGAUGACCGUCUCGAACCUUGGGGUCAUAUUUGGUCCCACUCUGAUGAGAGCACAGGAAGAAACUGUGGCCGCAAUGAUGAAUAUCAAAUUCCAGAACAUUGUGGUUGAGAUCCUGAUAGAGCACUACGAAAAGAUUUUUCAUACUGCCCCAGAUCCAAACAUUCCUCUUCCUCAGCCUCAGUCUCGAUCUGGAUCCCGAAGGACUCGAGCGAUCUGCCUCUCCACAGGCUCCCGGAAGCCCAGAGGGAGGUACACUCCUUGCUUGGCAGAACCCGACAGCGACUCGUACAGCAGCAGUGCAGACAGCACACCCAUGGGGAGCAUCGAGUCGCUGUCCUCUCACUCCUCCGAACAGAACAGCGCAACGAAGCCAGCCUCCUGUCAGCCUAGGGAGAAAUCAGGAGGGAUUCCUUGGAUUGUAUCCCCUUCACCUUCCAAUGGACAGAAAAGUCUGGGUCUCUGGACUAGUCCUGAGUCAAGUUCUAGAGAAGAUGCAGCCAAAACAGAUGCAGAGUCAGAUUGCCAGAGCGUGGCAUCAGUCACCAGCCGGGGGGAUGUUUCCCCACCCAUAGGCCUGGCCAAGAUGGGGCCUCAUGGGCCUUCAGGGCUGAAGAGAGCCUCUGCCUCCUCACUGAGAUCCAUCUCUGCAGCAGAAGGAAACAAGAGCUACAGUGGAUCUAUUCAAAGCUUAACUUCCAUAGGUUCCAAAGACACAUCCAAAGCCCCACCAAACCCAGACCUGCCUCCAAAAAUGUGCAGGAGGUUAAGGCUGGACACUGCCUCAAGCAACGGCUACCAGCGACCUGGCUCCGUUGUGGCAGCAAAAGCCCAGUUGUUUGAAAAUGUUGGUUCACUUAAGCCAGUUUCUCCCGGGCGCCAAGCCAAAGCCAUGUACUCCUGCAAAGCAGAACACAGCCACGAGCUCUCCUUCCCACAGGGGGCGGUGUUUUCUAACGUGUACCCAUCAGUGGAACCAGGAUGGUUGAAGGCAACUUAUGAAGGCAAAACAGGACUAGUUCCAGAAAAUUAUGUUGUCUUCCUCUAAUACCACUUAGUGGAUGGCAGUAUCUUCAUGGUAUCCAUGGAAAUAAAUAAGUGCUCUGAUUUUAUCUGACACAGAUAGGGGAUUAACCCACUAAAUGAAAACAGUCAAUUUCUAUUAAGUUCAACACCAGGAGAUUAUGGAGCUCCCUAUUAAUGGAAAAGAAAAAGUUUAAAUUGUUUGCCAUUCUUUUACUUUUUUGAGGGGCGGGGGGGUUCUUAUUUUAAAAUCUCGUCUUUUUAAAGUAACUUUCCCAGUGUGUCUUCCAUAACAAUUAUAGUAUCUCAAAUAUUGUGUGCUCUAUCCCAGAGAUUUGGAAACAAGAAAUCUGCCAUAAGGAUUUUGAGAUCUCCCUCACUGCCUGGCAUUCUCUGCAGAACUUUCAGAGGAUUACUUAAAAAUGUAAUUUAAAUCAUUCAUUUAGGUUUUUUUUCUUAAAAAAAUACUAUUUCUAUAUAUAUGAUUGUUUUGCUGGUCCUAAACAUUUCAAGGAAAUAAGUUUUGUUUUUCUUUUUAACAUAAGUUUGUUUACCAAGUAGGUGAUAAUACUCAAAAGCAAUAAUGUAUAUGAUGUCUGUAAAUGAAGCCAAAUUAAGUCAUACACUGAUUCCACUGUAAACACGCCGGCCAGCAUUCCAGACACCUUCCAUGGACUGAGGGCAAGGAUCAGCAAACUGUUUCUGUUAAAGAACUGAUAGUAAAUAUUGGCUUUGCAGGCCCUGUAGUCUCUAUCACAGUAUUAAAUUCUACCACUGUAGCAAAAAUCACCCAUAGACAGUAAGUAAACAAAUGAGCAUGGCUCUGUACCAAGACAACUUUAUUUAUGGACCCUGAAAUCUGAAAAUCAUAUAACUACCACAUGUCAUGAAAUAUUAUGCUUCUUUUACUUUUUCAAAUCCAUUAAAAAUUAUAAAUGUUUUUAUCUGAUGGGCUGUGCACAAACAGGCGAUGGGCCAGAUUUGACUCAUGGGGUCGUGGUUUGCUGACCCUUGGUGUAGAGGAUAUGUAAAAUUAUCUAUAUAACGGGGGGAUUUUGUGAAAUGUUACCAUAUGAACAUAUAAAUAUUGAUAAAUUGUAAACAUACACCCUCUGCUAGUAGCAUUAUAGUGGUAUCACAAAGGUAUAAUUACAAUAAUAGGAAAACAGUAUAAAAGUACUGUAUAAAGGCAUACAACUUAAAUUCUACUUGUAACAUUAAAGUAUCAGUAUUAAUAUCUGAUUUCAGCUUUUGAGAAAAUCUAUAAAUGAUAAAGACAUUUUAAGACAAAUAGAGAAGCUAUGCCUUUUAAAGUCUAUGCUUAGUUGCAACAGAAUCUAAACAUAAAGGUACAGAAUUCUUAAGUUAUUUUGAACAACAAACUUUGAAUUUGUCUCAUUAUCUUUAGCAGGAAUAAAAUCGGUAUAUGAUUUUCUAUUAUGCCUUUCAAUUUACAGCCUUUAUUAGGAAUUUCACUGAAUUCUUAGAGCAUAGAAAUACGUAUUUACUACCCACUUAUAUAAACCAUCAGCACCUGGUCAUGCACCAACCAUUACUUCUAUUUUUAUCUCAAUUGUUCUAAUGUAUUAUUCUGUAAAUAUCUGCAUGUGGCAAAAAACCUUUUUUUCAAGAUUCCAAGAAGCUGGUGAGCUGCCAUUGACUGCCACAAUCCUGGCCUGCUGGGCCGUGGUAUUUUACAUGUUCCUUCAGAGUUCUGCACUGUACAGACACUCAGGUAUUGACUGGAGAAAACUCUUUUUAUGUGAUAUUAUAGUCUAUAAUCUCAGUCUCUAUUACUUUAAAUGAAUGUUCCUAGAAUUAGCAGAUUAACGUAUAGGCACACACAUACACAGGUAUGCCUUGGAGCAUGUAUGCUUUUUAAAAUAGAAUAAAGAGUUAGGACUUGAAAGUUAAAGAGAGCAACAGUAGGCAGAGUCCGAACCAGACAUAAAAGGAAUGGAAGAUAUUUAAACUUAUAAAAAUUAGUAAUAUAAUGAAGAAAUAUGAUAAAUGGUUGUCUUUUUCUUUUACCUCUUGAUCUUUGUAUACUACAGUCAGAUGUUGCUAGAGAUUGUAGGUCUCUCGCUCCUUGGUGGCCCUUAGUUAGGAAGGUGGACACCCUGACAACCUUCUGCUGGAACGGAAGGCAGUUCUUCAGCAUACCAGUCCCUUAGUCUGAAGUUAAAACACCCUCAGCUAAAACACCCUAGCCGUCAUCUGUCAUCCUACUAGAUUAGAACCUCUUAAGGCAAAUUGAUUUUCUUUCCAUGACCAGCUUGACUCCAAAGAGAGUCAGCAUUCUACUUGACUUGCCGCUACAUAAAGAAAUCUCAACCUUCAUUUUAUUUUAAUAAAGAGCAGAGUGUUCCCGCCUCUGCGUGAGCUAAUUUCCCUGCUGCUUAGUGAGGACUGAGCGCUUUGCUGUGUAUAUAGGGCAUGGGUGAGAAUCCCAGCUCUCCUUCCUGGUGGGGAGGCAUGUAUGGUGCCAAUACUACUGUGGUCCCUUGUUGAAACAAACUAACACAAGGGCCUGUGCAAAGUGUUCUUUUGUUUGAAGUUCUCAUCUUACAGACUUGUGAGGAUGGUCUUUUUUCUUCAUGUUGAUUGCAUGUAUAAGCAAGUCAUGGCUAUGUGCUGGAGACGGCCGAAAACUGCCUUUGCCUAGACACAGAUUUCCCGUAGAUAAGGUAUUUAUGAGUACUGAAAAAAACAAGAUGUGUGCUCUAACAUGGAAAAUUAAUUAUCCGAAAAAGUAAUGCCAGUCAUUAGAAAAGGGUGACAUUCAGACUUGUUAACAACAUUUCAAAAAUGAAACCUUAGUUUUUCAGAGACAAUGCAAAGAGGUUGGAAUCGCCACAUCCACACCUUUGAAAUACACAAUGUGGGCACCCUAACUGCUGUUGAUAGACCAGUCAGUGUGCGGAGGAAAUGGAUGAGGCUCAGUCAAACAUCUCGUGUACCAUUUGAAAAUAUCUCUGAGUACAAGGCAUUUAUGUACUGAACAGGUGACUUGUGCCAUAGCGCCACCAAGUUUGUAGAAACUAGUCAGUCAACUGAAGGCUUUUUCUGUUGUGUUAAGUGUAAAUGUCUGAACAGUAAAAUAAUCUUUGUAUGUAUGUCAAGCGUGAGGACGUGCCCUAUCUCCUUGUUUGAUGUGAGUGGUUUUGCUAGUUGGUUAGCUCUGUGGGCUUUGUGAUGUGAAUGAGGGCAGCCAGGUUUCUCAACAAUGGCUUGUUCACUGACUCUUUCAGUGAUGGUGGAGAAAAAGAAAAUGUACCUUACAAUCCCAAAUUUUCCAGGUUCCCAAAGGAAAAAUAAAGAUACAUAAUGACUUUUGUUUUAUUUUUACUCUGUACUUGUUUGACACAUUGUGGCACACCUUCAAAAAAUCCACUGUGUUGUAAGGAAAAAAAGUCGGGCACCAUAAUCCUAUGAGGAUAACCCCCUGCUGACCCUCCCUCCCCCAGCCUCAUUCUUUAGGUCUGUGUCGAUGGUGGAAGGCCGCCAUGCACGUGCAUACUGGCGUGGAGGAGCCCUCAGUUUCUUCAAGCAACUUCAGUUGCUGUGUGCUCUGCAAUCAUGUUUUCAGGAUGCUUUGGUAACACUUAGAACCCUAAUUUGAUUUAUAUUUUAUUGACUUAAACCAGUUUAGGAACAAAUUUUUUUUCUCUAUUUUUAUAAUACUUUGGUAAUUUGCAGCUGUUAAUAAGACUUCACAUCUCUGGGUAGGACUCCAAAAUCACAUCUCUUGGUAAAGAGGAAAAGCAGACUUGACUUUGUCCAGAAGUUAUUUUCUUCUUGACUCAAGGUUUCCCACAUAGGAUAGAAAUUGCUAUUUACUCUUGCUGCCUGACAUUUUUUUCAUUACCUUCCAAAAUCAAAAUAUGUUUUACAAAUGAGGCCAACCUUUCUGAAGUCUCUGUUCCACAUGUCCUGUUGAUCCACAGAUUUAAUAUCAGGUAUUUAUCAACUAGUUGCAUGUCUCCUGGACACAUUCACCGUAUCUGUUGUCACCAGUAGCUCCCUGCUUCAAAAGUACAGGUUCUACUUGGUAGUAACCUCGGGCAGUCUCAGGCUUAUGAAUGGCAUGGACUUGUAGAGGAUCAGAGCAAUAAAUAGCAUUUUUCAUUUUUUUUAGGCCUGCUGCAUCCACUGUUUUAAAUAUAGAAUCUCAGUGUUGAUAGUCACAGCAAGCCACUGUUAGAAAACUGAUCUUCAUAUUCUAGACCAAUGCUUAGAAGCUUUUUCAAUGAGUUAAGGGGCCCAAGAGGUCAUCAUUUUUCUUCCUGACACUCGAAAGAGACGUCACGUUCAGGUGUUGAGAAUUUCUUCAUGCUCCCGGGAGAAAUGGAGGCUGUGUGCUUAUUGAGUCACAAAAGGUGGGGGACAUUUAUAAUUAUUGUAAGCAUAAAUGUCCUCCAUUAUCCAAGAAGGUCAUGUACAGGUCUGUAUGAGGAAUGUAAGUGCUGGGAAGAGGUAGGGCCCAAGGUGCAGAUGCCACCUUAGAUGAUCCCUUGGUCCCCUUGUCUACUAUUCACCAUCGCUUGGCAGUGUUUUCCAAGCUCUUUACUCUUCCAAGGUUGAGAGUGACCCAGCUUUGACGUGAACCUGCUCAAUCUCUUCCUGUUUUGUGUAUGGCAGCAUGUUAGAGAUUUUCUUAUCUGCCUCUUGUCUUCAGUCACCCCCUUUUAUAUGACUUAGACUUAAAAUCUGAGGUAUCACUUCAUAUUGAGGGUUGUGAUUUCAAGGGCCUUUUUGAGCUCUGGGCUGGAACCUUUACAAGUAAAUAGGGAAUUUGGCAGGGAAGAUGACUUUUUUAAAAAAAAAUUCUGAAUCCUAUUUAUAUACUGUUAAAAUUUGAGGUUCUAUAGUUUAUAUAAGAGUUGAAUAUUUAGAUAUUCUAUUUCAGUACUAGGAAUGUCUUUGUAGCCAUUAACAUGACAAAUUAAUAUAAAAAUGUCAGUAAAUUAUCAUUGAAUUUUUUGUUUAUUUUGUAGUGUUGCUGUGUUUAUCUGCACUUUGUGUAUAUAUGUACACCACACAUACACAAACAUGUAAAUAACCUGAUGUUAUUCCAAGUCUAAAUUGCCACAAUAUCUUUAAUGUAUGUUUACACUGUAUUUUAAGUUACUUUAAAAAUAAACUAUGCAAGCACA